AUGGCUUACAACUCAAAAAACACCAAGAAAAAAAAAGUAAAAUCAAAAGCAUCCAAAGGUUAUGACAGCGAAGAAGAUGAUAUUGAUCAGGUUUCGGAGAUGCAGCGCCAACAACAAUUAUCGUCACAAGAAAUGAUGGCUCCUGCACAAGAAGAAUCAAGCGAAUCAUUUUCCGAACAGAAGAAACAAGUUUUGAAAUCAAAAGCAUCAAAGAGAAACCCGGCAUUUCAAUUCCACAGUGAGCCUAUGCGUAGCUAUGACGAGGAAGAGGAUAGAUCAACACGGAUCGGAAAGAAUCCGAUGAGAUCACCUAAAUUCUACAGUGAGCCUAAGCGUAGCUAUGAUGAAGAAGAGGAUAGAUCAACACGGAUUGAAAAUUUUCCGAUAAGAACGACUAAAAGACUAGAUCCUGCCGAAGUGAAACCGACAUUUCAACAACAGCAAAACAAUGCACCCCCCUUACCACCUAUCACAACUACUCAAAAUUUCAAUGAAAUUUUCCAAGAGAAACUUCAAAAUGAUUCAAUGAAAGAUUUCAAAGACUAUUUUCUUGAACAUGCUAAAUUAACGGGCAAAAUUGAAUGUGAUGGAAGUUUAUUAUUAACCGAUGCACAUCUUUAUGAAUUGGGUCAAUUCGACUGGCCUUAUCUUGACACAAUUCGUAUUCGUGCGUGUCCGAAUUUAACACCCCUGGUUAUGGAUUAUAUUGAAGGGAUAACUAGAAAAUAUCCUGCUCGAAAAAUCAAUGUCAAUGUUGAAUUAAUGUUACAUGCUCAUAAUACAAUAGAAAACAAAAGUGAUUUAUUUGAUAGUACAAUGAUCAAACUUGAACCAUUUUUCGGAAAAAGUACAAAAAAGUCAAUAACAAAAGUGCUUAUCUAUCAUACUAAUGCUUCAAUUAAUUCGAUGUUAUCGUCAGAACAAAUGAUUAUAAAUCAUGUGAAACCAUCAAAAGAAAGUUCUCCAAAGUUACUUAACUAUCUAUCAUCAAAACAUGAUGAAUGUCAAGUAUCAGUCCUUGAAUGUGCUAACUCAAUCCUGUUCAAAGAAUUAUUUACGGCAUUUCAUCCGAAAAUAAUCUAUAUGGUUAUUUCGACUGUUCAUGAUGUACUCAAAUGUAUUUUCUCGCUGGAUUCUAUUAGAGCAUUUACAUUUUUGAAAAAAAAACAAAUUCGCUUCAUUAUUAAUAAUAAUGCAGAAUCUGAUGAACAAUUUUUCUCUAAUAUGCAUUUACAGCUGGACAAUAUGUGUAAAUCAGCUCAUGAACUUUAUUCUCAAUUUAUCGAUGAAAAAGUAGAAUAUACAUCAGAGAAUGAUGAUUUUCGUCGAAAUCAUUUUCUUACUAGUCUAUUACAUGUUCAAACCAAAUGUACGAUAUUAAAAGAUAAAUUAACUAAAGAUCAAACAUUCAUUUUUCGAGAAAAUGAUUUACCGUCAAUCAAAGAUCAUUUUAUCAAAGAUUCAAUUAAAUAUUCUCAAAAUUUACAUGUAUUUAAUACUAUUGACAAUUUUAUUGAAAAUGAAGAAAACAACAAAGUUUUUGAAACAAAAGAACCAAUAGCAAAACUUGUUAAUCACUUAGAUCUCAAAGCAAAAGAUCAACAUUUAAAUUCGGCAACACAAAACUCAACAAAUUUAGCUCAAAGUUAUUAUGUGCAAAAAUUAGUUAUUGAUCAAGUUCUUGAUAUUUAUUCAGUGGCAAGUGGUAAAUCAUAUUUUAUUUCGGAUAUAGAAUGGUUUUGUGAUAUAAUUAAUAAUCUUUGCAACAUGGAAACGCAUAUUAAUAGAAAAACUGAACAUAUUAUAAGACAAUUCAGGCAAACUCUUGGUACCAAUAUUCGAAUUCUUUCAAGAAGGGAUUUUAAUAAAUUAAAAGCCAAUGGAAAUGACAUGAAUUUCUUUCAAUGGUUAUUCAAUAAAUGGAAUAUUGCUUAUUCAGUGUCAGUCGUCGAUCAAACUGAUGAUAAUAUGUUUGUUCUUUUUAAUUCCAUGUCAUCUGAAUCACCGAUUCCUUUAAACAAUGUUUGGAGUCCAUCAUGGCCAAAAAGUGAACUUGAAAUGGACAUUUAUUUUCAUUUGUUACAUCCAUGCAAUGAAUCGAUUCUGUUGCAUCUUUACAAGUCAUUUCCAUCUCAAAAAUUAUUACUUGCUUCAAAAUAUUUCUUAUUAAUUCAAGAAGGAGCAAUAGAAAUUUUACUUCAAUAUCAUUAUCAAACUAAUCACAAUGCGGGUAUUAGCGUUACUUUUCGUACCGUUAAUUUAAGUCAAUCCAGUAAUGAAACAGAUCCACGAGUCGCUUUAGUUCAAGAAUCACUUCAAUACGUUGUUAGAGAAUAUUAUGUUAUUAUCUGGGCAUUUUUAUUCAAACAUGAUUAUGCUUUUAAAGUUGAAGAUAAAUCUAAAAGUUCUUCAAAUAAUUUCGAAGCAAUAAAUGGCAAUGAAUUCAUGUAUCACCAAUGGCAACAUUUGGCACUUUAUCAUUAUUUACCUUCGCCUACUCAUAAUUCAGCUUGUUCUGUAUGUGGUCUUCGUCCUUCAGCAAACAAGUCACUCUACGAUGCUUGUACGAUACUAUCACCUGGACGCCGUACAACAGAAAAGAAAAGCAAUACACAAGAAGUCGAUAAUAAUCGGGAUCAAUCGGGUUUAUUAAUACUUCGGCUUGGUGACACUCCACUUUCAUUUACAGGAAAAUAUAGUGUACGACCAGACGGAUGCAAUACGUUUGAAGUCAUAUUUUUAAGUACCGAUAAAGAGGAUACAGAUCAAAAGAUACCAAUAUUAUCAUCGAUUCAAAUUGGAUGUUUAAUGAAUAAUGCUGACAUAAAAGAUGAUGAAAAAAUACUUUUUGAAUAUGGUACUGAACGGCCACCACAAGAAAAAACUCAAGAUAUUCAACGCUCACAAGAAAUUAAUACAGGAGCAUUUUUAGACGAGAUUCGUAAGUUUGGUGGUAUACAAGGUUUGAAAGGUGCAAAAAAUAAAGCGCAUAAAAAAAAAGAAUUACAAGAACUUUAUACUGGUUUACGGUUGCGUAUUGAUAUAUUAUUUACUGAUAAGCCGAAUUUUUUUGAAUUCGUGUUUUCGAUAAAUGAUGUUCCAUGGGCACGUCAAACAGUUAAACGUAAAUCAACUCAAACAAUAUUUCAGCCGAUUGUGCAAAGUCCAGGCAUUCAUAAUUCUCAACGAAAUAUUAAUCUAAUUAUUCGUCAUCAUAAAUCUGAACUUGAUAUACCAAUGAUUCCUCCUGCAACAUCAAACAGUAAGAAAACUCCAUGGAAAGUUGGUAUGCGUAUGGAAGCUAAGGAUCGUAAAAAUCCAUAUAUAUUAGCUGCUGCUAAUAUCAGUAAGCAGCUUGCUUUUACAAUUCUUUCUUCAAUUGACAAAAAACAAAUUUUAGUUGAAGUCUAUGAUGAUAAUCGUAUACGAAUUAAUUUUGAUGGAUGGACAUCAUCAUUUGAUUAUACAGUUGAAACUGAUAAUACUGAUCUUCAUCCGUGUGGCUAUUGGGAAUAUGUUCAACGUGUUCUAUACAAGAAUCCCAACCCAGCUAAAGCAAAUCCACACUUUACUUUUACACGUUACGAUAAACCAAAAUCUUAUGAUGGAAUAUUUAGUUGGCGUAAUUAUUUAACAGAAAAAAAUCAAGAACCAGUACCACUUGAAUGUUUUAGCUAUGUACAAACGGAAGGCAUGACUGCCGAUUAUUUUCCUCAUGGUGUAACAAAAGCUGCUUUUACUUCUCUUUCAUGUCGUCAUUAUCACAAUGUACGAGUUCGAUAUCAUAAAAUGAAUACAAUCAUUCAAGAUGAAAUCGUCAAUAGAAUACUCUAUGAACAUCACAUGGAAUUCAGUAGCCCUACGACAACAACUAAUCCUGGUGCAGUUUUAUUGCCAACACCAUUUGAUCUAGCAGCUUUUACGUAUCCAUGUUUGAAACAAUUUCAAAAUUCGUCAGAUGUUGUUGUACAUCUAACAUGCAAUCAUCGAAGUAUUUCUCCACUCGAUUCAACUACUAUUAUAUCUGGUGCACAUUUAAUGGAUACUGAAGGUGGUCAACUACCCAAAAGUGAUCUUAAUUCGGCAUUAAUUACAAUAUGUAUGUUAACUGCUAUGGAUCUCGUUCGAAAUCAAAAACGUUUGAUCGCACCGUCGACAUCAAAAUUAAUUUCAAAUAAUGAUAAAUCAUUCGAUAUAUAUCUUAUUGAUUAUUAUAUGCGACGCUGGCUAGAUUUAAGUGCUUAUAUCACAUGUUUUAAUUCCACAAGUUUUUUUAAUAGACGUCCAUCUACAUUAAAUCAAGUUCAAAGUCAUAAUAACGUACUUUAUACGUGCUACAAUGAUCCCGAUAUAUAUACAAGUCUUAAUACUGGUCUUAAUUCAAUAGAAAUCAAAUCUACAAAUCUAACGAAUACAAAAAGAGAAAAUCAAUUCGGCAAAUAUGGUGAAUGUUACUACUGUUGUUUACUUCGCAAAGAUGAAAUUAAAGAACGAAUGGAUGUAUCAUUACAGAAGCGUUUUGAAUUAGUUGGAAAUUAUUCGCCAAGUAUAUUUUACCUUGAAUUCUAUAAACAAGACAAAAAUAUACUGGAAACUGGUCUAAUCUUAAAUGAUGAAUUCUUUCUUAAAUUUAAUGGUUUAGAAAUAAUUGAUAUAAAAAAUAUCAUUAUUGAUCGUUUUCAACUAAAUAAUAAGAAUAGAUAUUGUUUGAAAUAUCUCACAUAUCUUUCACUUGAAAAUAAUAAUCUUGCAACCAUGCAACUAGAUUUUCAAUAUUUAAAUAAUUUAACGUAUCUAAAACUUGUUGAUAAUCCAUUGGAAACAUUACCAUUAAAUUGUUUAUCACCACAAUCAUUACAAAGUGUUGAUUUAUCGAGACUUGGCCGAUUGAAUGAAAUUGAUCCCAAUACACAAUUUUCAUCGAAAUUAAAAAGUUUAUUAAUUACAGAAAGUGUAUUAACAACAUUGCCACAAACAUUAGUAGCAGAUGCCCGAGCUAAACUAACAAAAUUAACAUUGAACGGUGCUACUUGGUGGAGCUUUGCUGGAAUAAGUGUUAAUGAAGUUGUUAAAAAGGAUUCAUUUAUUAAAAAAUUUGUUGCGUUUCUGGAUGACGAUGAAUUAGAUAACAUCUAUCGAAUGUAUGACGAAGACGUAAAUGGUGUUUUAACAUAUUCAGAAAUUAAUCUCAUGAAUGCACAUAUGUAUCGUUAUAUUCAACGUUUAAGACCAUCGAAUACGAAGAUACCGACUUCUGGUCGAUCUUCUGUUGAACCAUCAAAUACUACAAAUGAAUUAGAUAUUUUUAAACAAGAAUCCUUCAUGACUGAUAUAUCGGGUAUACCGUCGGCGAUAUUUCAUCUUGACAAUUUAACUGAGCUUAGCCUUGAAUAUCAAGGAAUUAAAGUUGUACCGGAUGCAAUUAAAAAUUUGAAAUAUUUAGUUAUAUUUAAUUUAAAUUAUUGCAUUGAACUUGAAUCGUUAAGUGCAGAAGUCGGAUUUUUGCCACUGAGAGAACUUAAUUUGACUGGAUGCGCUUCAUUGAAAACACCACCCAUUGAAAUAACACGUCGUGGACAUGCUCAAACGAUGGCUUUUUUGCAACGGUUAAUUAGUGGUUCUACACCAUGUAAACGAACAAAACUCAUGUUAGUCGGUCUUGGUGGAGCCGGUAAAACAAGUUUAGUACGUGCAUUUCUCGAAUCGCAUUCCGAUAAGCCCCCGGAAGUUACCGAUGGUAUUGAUAUUGUCAAAUGGAAAGUUCCAUUGAGUCUACCUGAUGAUUUUCUGGAAUUUAGUGUAUGGGAUUUUGCAGGACAAUCAGUUUAUUAUCAUACUCAUCAAUUCUUUUUGGCUAAGAAAGCUGUUUAUAUACUUGCAUGGAAUAUUCGUCUCGGUGCAGAACAUGCUGGUCUUGAUUUUUGGCUUUCUUCGAUUUGUUGCCACGCUCCAAAUGCCCCCAUAUUUGUUGUUGGUACACAUUCAGAUCUCGUAUCUCGUAUUGAUCUGCGUCAAGAUGAUUAUAAACGACGUUAUCCUCAAAUAACUGGCUUUUUCAAUGUUAGCACAUUCACAGGUGAUAACGUUAGUGAAUUAAUUGACAGCAUUAUUAAAACAACAUUAGAGUUACCCUAUAUGGAUGAAUUAAUUCCAAAAGUGUGGCUCUCAUUUGAAACCUUAAUUCCUGGAUGUAAUGAAGAUAUACUUCAAUAUAAUCAAGUAGCCGAUAUCGCUCAUAAUGCCGGUAUAUUUGAUGCAGGUGAAGUACUUCAAGCUGUACAGUUCUUACAUGAUCUUGGUUCUUUACAAUAUUUUUCAUCGGAACAUUUGAAAAAUUACGUUGUUAUCAAUCCACAGUGGAUUAUUAAUGUUAUGGCCUGUAUUGUAAGCAUUCGAGAUAGCCCUGUUAAAAAUGGACGUCUAUUCCAUUCAGACAUCAGUACUAUAUGGAUAGAUUAUGAUUCACAUUUACAUCCUUGGAUUUUGAAAUUAACUGAAGCAUUCGAUUUAACAUUUCCAGUGCCUGAUCAAAAUAUGAAUUUAGUACCAUGUCUCUUACCUGAAGAAGAACCUGAGUACGCAUGGGAGGAUGUUAGCAGUGAAACAGAACUACGAGAGAUGAAAGUUGUUUAUACAUUUAAUUAUUUACCAGCUGGUUUAUUUAAUCGAGCCCAAGUUCGUCUUUUUCAAUUUUCUGAUAAAUCAACAAUAUGGCGUUAUGGUUCAUUACUAAUAAAAAACAAUCAUCGAGCAGUUAUAAUUCGUUCAGAUGACCGUCAUAUAGUGAUCAAAAUUCAAGGUGUUCGACCAGAUAAUGUUCUGUUCUUAAUUCAUGAAGUAUUUGAAGGUCUUGUCAAUGAAUCAUUUUUUGGUGUUACCUAUGAUAUUGCAUUUCCAUGUCCGGAUUGCCUUGAUGCACGUAUCAACGAACCUUGGCAAUUUUCAUCUUCACUUAUCAAUCGAGCUAUUGAACUGAAAGCACCAUCAAUUCAGUGCCAUCGAUUUUUUCAUGUUGCAUCUGUUACUGACUUACAAGCACUGAUUCCACCAGAUAGUAAAAGUAAUUAUGAUUUACAUUUGGAAUAUUCUGUACGUGAUCUCAAAUCUUAUAAACAAAAUAUGGCAGUUGAUAUUGCAUAUCUUUAUCCACCACAACAUAUUCCAACAAAAUCAGAAAUCGAAAUUAAAGUUGACCCAAGGAAAAUAAAAGAUGAUUUAACAAAACAAGGUUUAACUGUUUGGACACCCGAAUCAAUGAAAGAUUUCGUUAUUGAAAAUCAUUAUUUAGUUAUUAAAGAAGCACGAUUUAUUCUAUUUGGUAUUUCAAAUGAAUUAGUAUAUAAUCCUGAGAAUAAAAAGUUAUAUGACGCGUUUCAAGUCAUCACUAAUAUUUUACGCAAAACAAUUAUUCCCGUUUUAUUUGGCAAUGAUAUGAAAUGGAAAGAGAGUGAUCUUGGUGUUGCAUUAUCAGAUAAAUUAUAUAUUAAUAUGCAAAAUCCAAAACGAUAUGACUAUAGAAUAAAAGAAAUCAUUGAUAUGACUGAACAGGAAAACGGCCAAAGUAUUAAAUCAAAUCAAUUGCGAGAUCAAUCAACCGAUAUUUUUAUAAGUUAUUGUUGGAUGAAUUCACAUGAUGCUGUUAGUAAAGGUACCAAACCAACUGGAACAUCGAUUGGUUGGGGAGAUCCUAGAGCUUUAAAAGAUUAUCUUGGAGAACGUGGAUUACAGGUUUGGAUGGAUGUAACUCGUCUAGGCAAAUCUGGUGUACUUCAUGAUAUUGUUCAUGGUUUAAAAAAUACAAAAGUUGUCAUUGCAUGUGUAUCUGAUGAGUAUACCCUAAGUGAAGUUUGUCGGAAUGAAUUUUUAUUUGCCAAAAAUACUCUGAGACUUCCUGUUGUAUUGGGUAUAUUUGGUAUGGGAGACAAAUGGCGAACAACAGAAGUUGGCAUGUGUAGUCUCACAUGUUCACAAGUGAAUUUUCAAUUUGAAAAUCCAUCGGCUUUUGAAGAUAUCUAUGAUAUUAUACAAAGCAACUUACCUAAACGACCUACGUCAGCUAAAGGAAUUGCAUUGAACGCCAUCAAAACAACAGCUGCAGAAGAGAAAACAACUGCAGCUUAUCAGGAAUUAUUUGAAUUAACACAACGUAAAUUUCUUCGUGUAACAUCCGGUUUUGCUGACACUAUGAAUGCUCGAGACUAUCCACGUUUAUUUACCCUGGAUUUUGUAAGUGAAAAUGAAAAAUCUGCUCAAGAACUAGCACGUAUUGAAUUGGCUACUCAAAUGAAUGCACAACGACAACAAGAAAAUGAUGAAGACCGAGAUCUCGAAGCGGAACGACAACGAGACGAACAAUUGGCUCGUGAACAAAAUGAAAUUGGAGAUGCCGAUGGUAAUAGUAAAGAAAAAGAAGCUCCCAAAACCAAAAUUAAGAAACUAUGUAUACGCACACUUUGUGAAAACGAAGAAAAUUGGCAUACAGCUGGAAGUCCAUUCGAAAUUACUGAGCAAAUUGUAAUACAGAAUAGUGCAUUAUAUUUAUCACGAAUUAUGCUUCUUCUCAAACAAAGUGAUUUACCAUUAGAAAUUCUUACCAGUAAAGAAGGUGAAAUCGAAUUACAAAAAAUUAAUGAAAUUUCUAAUUCUACGACUGUCGGAGUCAAAGAUUCGUAUGUAUAUUUACGUAGAUGCAUCAUGGAUUGUGACUCAGAAGAAAGACAUUCAGGUCUCAAACAAUGUCUCAUGCCAUCGGGUAAAGUUUUAUGGCUUUGUGAACAACAUCAAAAACAACCACGUGUCGUACUUGUUACUGGUUCACUUGGUGGUAGUUAUAAUCAUCCACAAGUUGAAGAAAAGAGCGAAAUAGUCAAAGCAUUAGUUAAACUUAACGAACGAAUUGCAAAUAAUGAACUACCUCCUCCUACAUUGAAAGUUUCCAACAUUGAAAGUGCUCGUCUACCAUCAGUGGAUAGAAGAUCACACAAUAGUCGUCAUCGUUCACAACGACUUAGUCAACAUGAUUUUUCAAUGGUCAAAUCUCAACGACAAAGUAUUUUAUUAAAGGAUAAGACGAUCGAUGAGAAUGAUGAUGAAAAUUAUCAAACAAAUUUAAAUGAACUCGAAAAUGAAAAUUCGAAUGAAACACAGGCGAAUACAAUCGCCGAAUCGACAGACUGCACAAUUAUGUGA